GCUCAGCUCUGUSCUUGAAAGGGAAGAUUGUAAUUUCUGUUUGGUUUUACCUAUUUUAUCGAGGUGAAAUCAUUAUGGAUAUGUCUAAGAUCUCUUCCCCUAUGCCUGUGGCUCCAAGACAGCUUAAUCAAGUACAAGCUACAAUACCUGGUAGGCCGCCUGUACCAAUGCCAUCAACAUCAUCCUCAGAGCCAUUCCUAGAAUAUAAAGUCAGAGUUCCAAGACAUUUAGCGAAGAAUUACUAUAUGAUGCGCUUCCAGUCAGGAAAACCUGAUCUCUCAUCAAUAACUAAGGCAACAAUGAGUCGUGAGGGUGUUUCCAGUGUGGACAAGGAAGAGGAAAUCUUGCCGAAGAGCGGUGCUGGAAGUGAGUAUGGAAGGGAAAGGAGGGAAGAAGCAAGAAAGAGGAGACGAGGUUAUAUUAAGAAAGCAGCUGACCCUGACUCWGUUCCAUGGAACUUAAAACUUGGUGGAAAAGGAGGAAAAAGAUAUUCAGGCAAGAAGGAAGCUGGAAUAAAUGACAACUCAAGUUACUACAUYCUGACCCAGUGUCCKGAUGGAGCUUUUGAGGCAGUGCCAGUAACAUCAUGGUACAACUUCACGCCAAACAUCAACUAUCGYACUUUAACAGCAGAUGAAGCUGAGGAAGAAUUUGUGAGACGUGAUAAAACGGUAAACUUCUUUUCUUUAAUGGUGAAGAAAAGACUUCAAAAUAAUGAAGAUGCUGAAGAGAAAGAGAAGGAAAAAGGACCAAGUACYUCAAGAAGUAUGAAACUUUUUGAUGAUGACGAUGACAGAAAUUCAUCAGACGAUGAUGACUUCAAUGAUGAUGAUGAUGAAAAGCCCAAACAAAAACAGGAUAAAUCAAACAAGUUAAAGAAAGGAAAGACUAAGGGCAAAAGUAAAGCAAAGAAAGGUUCCGGUGAUGAAAGUAAUGCAUCAUCUGAGGAAGAUGGCUACUUUGAUUCAAAGGAGGUUGAUUACAUGUCAGACACUUCAUCAUCAUCCGAAGAAGAACGCAAAGAAGAGCCAGUGAAACCAGACACAAAGGACGACUUAAAUGCUGAAUCAAGUGACAGCGACAGCGAAGAAGAUGAUGAGCUGACCAAUGCAGGAAAAGAUAUAAAAAAGAUACUUCARAAGGGCCAAGGGGAAAGGGGCUCAUCUGACGAAGAGGAUGAGGACCCUGAUAAUGAUGAGGACGUYAAGGGGUCAGCAGCAGUACUUUUACAAGAUAAGGCUAAAAGCAAGAAGAAAGUUGGCAGCCGUUCAAGUACAUCAUCCAGCAGCAGGUCGUCAACGCCUACCAAAGGCGCCGAGAACCCGUCAGUCACAUCAACAGUCCAGGCAGCAGCUAAAAAGCUCGAAGGCAGACCAGGAACACCUACGGGCAAAGGGAAGAAACGACCAGCCUCUGAUCCUGUAAAAGGUGGAUUUAAGUCAAUCAGUGACAGCCAAUCGUCCAAGAAAGCCCGCGUCUCUCCWGGACCCAGCUCCCAAUCAGGCUCAGCAUCCAAUACCCCAACACCAGGAGACAACGGYAACACAAUCACUGAGGAUUCAGUUCGACGUUACCUUGCUCGUAAACCCAUGACUACUAAAGAUUUACUCCAGAAAUUUAAAAGUAAAAAGACUGGACUUACAAACGAACAAACUGUACAGUUGAUAGCAACCAUCUUGAAAAAGAUUCAACCSGAACAGAACAAAAUCAAGGGGAAACUUUAUUUAUCUCUCAAGUCAACGUCAACAAGUUAGGGUGRAAAAAUCAAAUGCUGCCAUAGAGAUUUUCUGCUAUGGAAACAUGAUUGACAUAGUCAUCGUGGCAAUGAAWUUAGUCAUCCAUUUGUCAAUAGAUACAUUGUCACAGAAAGACGUUACUAUAGUGAUGAAGGAAAUAUCAGUUGCUAUGACAGUUGUUACCAAGGAUGAGUUUGAUCACAUGUAUAUAGUUAUUGCUAUGACAACUGUUUCCAAGCAACAGGACCUUUCUUUACCCUGCAUCACAUGUAAUCUGGACAUUGUUACUUAAAGCAAACAUAAUGAAAAUAUUGAUAGUUAACAUUGAGAAGUUGCAAUAAAAUAUAAAAAAUUGA